AUGGGAAAUAUUUAAGCCUAUAUAAAUUAUCAUACAGAACUAUCAUUCACUUAGAAUUUAGAUGAUUAAAUUCACUUUUGUGAAACUAUCUAAAAUCAUUCAUUGGGAAAAAUACAAAUAUGGAAGAUUAAAGAUAACUAAUCAUAAAAACUAUUUUCUUUUGUAAUUUUUAUGAUUAAAUGUAGACAAGACAUAUUUAUCAUUCUGAUUCUACUCUAUUAAAGAUUCAUUAAUAGAGAUGUUCAUUAUAACAUCCAAAUUUACUUUAAUACUAUGCAUGCACAUAGACAUAGCCAACAUUUUGUGGAAGCGUUGAAAGUUAAAAUUUUUUCUUUGAAUAUCAGCCUUAUACAAUGUAGAAAGUUUUAGAUGAAAGAAGAGGGACAUUACCAGAAAUAGAUAUUUGGAAGGUAAAAUUAAAUAGUAUAAGAUGAAAGUUCUUAGAAUAAAUGGUUGAUGUUUUAAAUUACUUGUAGGAAAAUUAAUGUUUUCAUGGCAACAUUAAUCUAGAAAAUAUUUUUGUUAAAGAAGAUAACACAAUUAAAAUUUUAGAUUCAUUUAAUAAAUAAUUAACUGAUUAUUUAUUAAAAUAAGAUGUUUAUGAUUUAGCUACAGUCGUAAUUGAACUAAUGACAAAAUAAAGUAUUAUUUAUGUUAUUAAAAUUUAGAAUUUCAUAAAGAAUUUAAAGAAACCCUAAAAUCAUUAACAGAUUAAUAUUCUCUUUAAUUAUUAUCACUCUUAGCAAAAAUGCUAAAUAAAAAUCCAGAUAAUAGACCCUGUUUUAAGGACUUAUCAACAUCUAUCAAAAAUAGAACCACUUAGCCUAUUUAAGAGAGCAAAAAGCAAGAAUCUGUUUAACUAUCUUUUCAUAUCAAAUAAAAUUUGAAUUAAACAACAUUAACAAAUAUAUUAGUCCCUUAAAAUUAAAACUAUACAUAUUUAUUAGACAAUACAAUUAAAUACUAUCCAUAAAAGGUGUGUAAUGAUCUUAAAUUUCCUUUAACUUAAGUUAAAUAUGUGAAAAAAAAGAAUUAUUCUAUGGAUUUAGGAUCAUUUUAAGUUGAUUAUCAAGAAAGCAUUAAUGAUAAUAUGGAUAGGAAUAAUAAACCUAGUAUGCAUGAAUCUUAAACUUCUACAGUAGGUAGUCAUCAAAUAUCCUUCUUGGAAACAUGUAGAGGAAAUCUCAAUUUUACAACAAAAUAGCUAAGUUAUUAAAAUAAAAUCAAAAUUUAAUAGUAAAAUAGUUCUGACCAAAAUAUUUUAAUCUAAGAUGAUUUAAAUAAAACAAAUUCUACUUUUUAUUGA